UGACAUCCGUGCAGUAGUAUAAAUUCCUCGCUCCUCAAACUCAACGGCAAUCGAAGGGUUACCAGCGACGAGGACAGGACAUUUGAGAGCUACCACGUUCAGUCAGCGACGAGCUUGUUGAAGUGAAUUAUGGCACGUACCAAGCAGACCGCUCGUAAAUCCACUGGAGGCAAGGCGCCCAGGAAACAGCUCGCCACCAAAGCUGCUAGGAAAAGCGCCCCCUCUACCGGCGGUGUGAAAAAGCCCCACAGAUACAGGCCGGGGACAGUGGCUUUGAGGGAGAUCCGUCGGUACCAGAAGUCCACCGAGCUGCUUAUCCGAAAACUGCCGUUCCAGCGCCUGGUCAGAGAAAUUGCCCAAGAUUUCAAGACCGACCUCCGCUUCCAGAGUGCUGCCAUUGGCGCUCUUCAGGAAGCCAGUGAGGCGUACCUUGUUGGCCUGUUUGAGGACACUAACUUGUGUGCCAUCCAUGCGAAGAGGGUCACAAUCAUGCCCAAGGACAUCCAGCUGGCCAGAAGGAUCAGGGGAGAGCGUGCAUAAUUUGGGGGGAUUUCAA